AUGAAGAUUUUGGGCUUAAAGGCAUCUUUGCUCCUAAUGGCCAUUCUCCUUUUCACAGAUUGUUUGAUUGUGGAAGGCCAGGCUUGUCACCCAAGUGGCAAGAUUAGGGGUAAGAAACCCCCUCCUGGGGAAUGCAACCAAGGCAAUGACUCCGAUUGCUGUAAAGAAGGAAAGCUUUACACGACAUACAAGUGUUCUCCAACCGUAUCUAGUCAUACCAAGGCAUAUCUAACUCUUAAUGGCUUUCAGAAAGAUGAAGAUGGUGGUGCUCCGUCUGAAUGUGACAACCAGUACCACUCUGAUGACACGCCGGUUGUAGCACUGUCAACUGGAUGGUACAACAAAGGGAGCAGGUGCUUAAACAACAUCACUAUAAGUGCUAAUGGGAGAAGUGUAGUGGCCAUGGUAGUGGAUGAGUGUGACUCAACUAUGGGAUGUGACAGUGACCACGAUUAUCAGCCUCCCUGUACUAACAACAUUGUUGAUGCCUCAAGAGCUGUGUGGAAAGCCUUGGGGGUGCCUCAUGACCAAUGGGGAGGGCUAGAUAUAACUUGGACAGAUGCUUGUCGGCCAAGUGGCAAGAUUAGGGGUAAGAAACCACCUCCUGGAGGAUGCAACCAAGAGAAUGACUCUGAUUGUUGUGUCCAAGGCAAGCUUUACACUACAUACAAGUGCUCACCAGCAGUGUCUAGCCAUACCAAGGCAGUGCUCACUCUUAACAGCUUUGAGAAGGGCGGAGAUGGUGGGGCUCCAUCUGAAUGUGACAGAAAGUAUCAUUCUGAUGAUACCCCAGUUGUGGCACUAUCAACUGGAUGGUACAACAAAGGGAGCAGGUGCUUAAACAACAUCACCAUAAGUGCUAGGGGUAGAAGUAUGGUGGCCAUGGUUGUUGAUGAGUGUGACUCUACUAUGGGAUGUGAUGAAGACCAUGACUAUCAACCUCCCUGUCCUAAUAACAUUGUCGACGCCUCAAAGGCUGUGUGGGAAGCCUUGGGUGUGCCUCUUGCUGAUUGGGGAGAGCUAGAUAUAACUUGGUCUGAUGCUUAAUUUCAGGCAGGCAGUUAUGUUUCAAACUAGGGUUUGUCUUGCUUCUGUUUUACUGUGUCAUGUAUAAGUAUGGUGGAAUGUCGCCUUAAAACUUCAAUUUACCUUGUUAAUUUUGUUCA